CACUGUCUGGAUGAAACAACCUCCUUCCUCCUCCUCCUCCUCUCUCCCUCUCCAUGUGUGAAAACGCGCAGCUUCCACGCUUCUUGAAGUUGCACGGUUCCAGCACAGAAAGGCUGCUGCUCACCGAGGAUCAGCUCUCAGGAUUUAAGACUCGCAGAGACGCAGGAGAUUAACACUGGAAAUCGUGCACACAUACAACUCGACUUGUCUGCCUCACCCCCCAACCUCCCUUCCUCCCUCCCCGCCUCCCCUCUCCUCCCCUCCCCGCCCGCAUGUGCGCUCGUUGGCGCAGUUAACAACAGCGGAUUUCACCUCUAUUAAAGAUAAAUGGCGCAACAUGAUAAAAGUGAUCGAUUAUUCGGAGGCAAAGCCGAAGUUGCGCGCCUGCUUAUUCCCACGCUCCUCUUGUUGUUUUUCCCUCCCGCCGUCCGCGUUUUAUUCCAGGAGACACGCAUGCUCACAGUUUAUUCUAGUUAGCCGUGUUAUUAUCCCACAGAUGCUGCUGCUCUAAACCUGCAAUCUAUUCUGUUUUUUUCUUGUGGCCUUCGCUGUAAGCUGGGAGGUCUUGGAGGGACGCAAACACAACGUGGUCCACCCCGACCCCAUUGUUUCUCUCCGGCCACCCCAGCAACACAUAAGGCUUGAGAGAGUACUUCUGCAAAUUUGGCGAGGUGAAGGAGUGCAUGGUGAUGCGGGAUCCCGUUACCAAGCGGUCGAGGGGGUUCGGCUUCGUUACAUACGCAGAUCAGGCCGGUGUGGAAAAGGUUUUGGCACAAAACAGACAUGAAUUGGAUUCCAAAACGAUCGACCCAAAGGUGGCGUUUCCCCGCCGGGCUCAGCCUAAGCUUGUGACCAGGACAAAGAAGAUCUUUGUCGGAGGACUUUCAGUCAACACAACCAUCGAAGAUGUGAAGCAAUACUUUGACCAGUUUGGAAAGGUCGACGACGCUAUGCUCAUGUUCGACAAAACGACCAACAGGCACAGAGGUUUCGGUUUUGUCACUUUUGAAAAUGAAGAUGUGGUUGAGAAAGUUUGUGAGAUCCAUUUCCACGAGAUCAACAACAAAAUGGUGGAGUGUAAGAAAGCCCAGCCCAAAGAAGUAAUGACGCCGACAGGCUCCGCCAGGGGCCGCUCCAGAGUGAUGCCUUAUGGGAUGGACACCUUCAUGCUGGGCAUCGGCAUGUUAGGCUACCCAGGUUUUCAGACUACUACCUACACCAGCCGCAGCUACUCUGGAAUAGCUCCCGGAUACACUUACCAGUUCCCAGAGUUCCACUUAGAGCGGACCCCCCUUCUGACAUCGUCCCACCCCCCUGAGCUGGCAGCCAUUCCCCUCACUGCGUACGGACCAAUGGCGGCAGCGGCAGCAGCAGCAGUAGUCAGAGGCUCCACCCCUUCACGCACAGCUGGCUUUCUGGGCACCAGCAGCCCCGGACCAAUGGCCGACCUGUACGCUGCAGCCAACCAAGACUCAGGAGUCAGCAGCUACAUCAGCGCCGCUAGCCCCGCCCCCAGCACAGGGUUUGGCCAUGGUCUCGGGGGUCCUCUGAUCGCCACUGCGUUUACUAACGGCUACCACUGAGGAGGCUCAGGUCACAGAGGAUCGGAGGUCUCCUCCUCUGUCUGCUGUUGUGCCAAUCAGAACGCUGGCUGCCCCUUGAUGGCGCAAUCUGAUUGGCUGGCCACAGGUCUCUAGUGGGCUCUCCUGGCACCGCGUGGCUUCACCCACCGACUGAAGAUCUUUUUAAAAACCAGAACUCUUAUUUUGCUGUACUAAUCUCACUUCGACAUAACGUCCCCGGUUCUUCUCUCUUUUUUUUUUUUUUUUUUUUUUUUCGUCCUCAUGUAGUGCAACACACUAGUUCUCGCACAUCCCACCGUUUUUCCUCGAUUACAAUUUCUUUCUUCUACUGAAGCUGAGAAGAGGAACCUGCAAAAAAAAGAAAAAAAAAUUGAGAAACUGUUGGGGUAGGACAAAGAGGAACUGUUUUGAUUCACUUUUUAAAUGAUUUUAUUAUAAUGUGAUGUGUUAUUUUAUCAUGAAAUCUUUCAGAAGCUGUUACUGAUGUGGUGAAAAAACAAAACAAAAGAAUGUGUGCGAUGGGGGCAUUUUUAACAAAGGAAGAACAAACCUGACAAAAAGUCCUUUUUUACGCUGCAACUGUCACUGAAAACACAAAUGAAAAAAAAAAAACAAAACAAAAAAAAACAACAAAAAUGUAUAUUUUGGUAGUCUUUAAAAACAAAAACCUUUGUAAUAUUGUUAUUAAUAUUGACAUAAUAAUGAUAAUCUGUAAGGUAUUUUAUUCUGUAAUUGGUUUUAAAGCAAUGUUUUUAUGUCUUCCUGUAAGAUAUUGUACAUAGAAGCAGGGAAGGCGGGAGGGGGGGCGGACGGCGGGUUCUCAUUGGUUGGUUUUGACUGGAUGUCAUGUGCUACUGUCAUCUCACUACUUUAACAGCAUGCAUAUGGUUAAAUAUGCAUACUGUGGGGCCAGUACGCUCUUGUGUUGCUUCAGUGCAGUGCUGAAAUGCGCACCAUUAGGAGUUUAUCUGGUGUAUUUUCUCCGUUAAUUGACCAAAUCGUCCCUUUAUUUUUUUUGCUUUACUUAAGAGUCCAAAGUUUGACUCUUCCAUCUUUCACGCAACUUGAAGUUAAACACAAUGGACAUCAGGAAUAAAGGAAAAAAUAUCACCUUAAAGCAAUAGAAGAAGCAGUGCAGGGCUAAAGUACAUUCAUUAGAAUCUUAUUUGGCCUAUUUUCUUUAAUUUUUUUUAAUUGUUUUUUUGGUCAACAACAAACUUGUCACUUCUCUUGACUGCAAGAAUAACUUCCUGCACAUCCUGUUUGAAAUAAGUACAAGGGUCAUAAUGACUUCACAGCAAGUUGCUCUUUUUUUAAGGUCAUAUUUAUUCUUUUAAUGAAGAAAGUCGUUCCUUUUUAUCGCUCCACUCCUUCAAAAAUGCAACCUGUGACAAAUCACUAACAAUCUUAAAGCUGUAUGGAAAGUGCUGUUGCUAUUCUCAACAAUUCAAGGAGUUGACAAGUUUGCAAAGUCGUCCCCCUCACCCCCCUUUUAUUAUUAUUAUUAUUUUUUUCUGUACUUCCUUAAAAAAAAAAACGCAUGUUUUGCAUUUUUUGCAUGUUCACGACACUUGUUUUAGUUUGAACACGACACACUUAUGGAAGGAUCACCUCAAAGCGGGAGGAAAGCGAAAGUGCCCCUCGAGUCCAUUUGCAGGAUGCUUUCAGGCGCGUUUGCUCCGCUGAUCAACAAAGUCGCCUGUUUCCCGCCUCACUUCUUCGGACGUGCGCGUUUUUGACGCUUGCGCCUUCACGCUACCUGUUUAUCGACCGCAAAGCAGGAGAAACUGGGGAUUCAGGGGGGAACCGGGCUUCACUUCCUCUUUUUGAAAAUAUAUAUAUAUAUACACAUAUAUAUAUUUUUGGAGCGGUUCUCUUAAUGUUUCUGCUUUUCUGCUCUCUUAUUGAAAUAGAUGUUUCUUUUUAUGCGGUGUUUUCCACCGUGACGACAAAUGAAGGACAUUCUCAGAGAACGCAGUUGUAAAAAAAAAAAAAAAACCAAAAAAAAAAAAAAAAAAAAACGCAAAACAAAAUAACAACAAAAAAAAAAAAAGAAAAGAAAAAAAACCAAACAAACCACGAUCCUGUUUUGUCCUCUUAUCACUGUUUGAAGGUGCAUGUGGUUGCGUCUGAGCGUGCGUGAGUCCGUGCUUGUGCGCAUACAUCCAGAGUGUAACAUGGAACUACUUCUAGCAGCGGAGGAGCAUUUUGAUUGCCUUUUUUUCUUUGGUACUGAGAGAAAUAAAGAGAGAGAGAGCAAAGAGGUCACCCUGUUCCGUUUUGGCUCGCCUGACUGUUUUUUCCCGAGUCUGUGUUUCUCUGGAACCAACAUAUUAUUGUUUUAGUGAUGCUGCUGCUGCUGCUGCUGCGUGUGGCGGUGUACAGGCCGAGCCCGGGGAGUGGAACAGGGUGACGCUCCCAGCCGGUUCUGAUACCCAGGCUGUGAACAAGAAGACUCUGGCUGGCAGGAAAAAGUAGGGAAGCUGGAGCAGAUUUGCAAAAAAAAAACAAAACAAAAAAAACAAACAAGCUGCCUGCCUGUUCGGCCUCCACUUUUUUCUGGCACAGAAAACUUUCCCGAUGCAGCCAGUGGCUCCUCUGUCAGACAGGCUGGGACGUGGUUUAAAAAGCAAAAGAGAAAGAAAUAGAAACUACUGCUGGACACCAACACUGUAACUUUUUAAACGUACAAUAAAGCAAUAAGUUAUUUUUUACCUUACAAAUGAAAAUAGUACUAUUAUUGGUAAUGGCAGACAAGAAGUGGAAAAUUCUGCGGCAUUAAGACUUAUUUUCUGGAAAAAGUGAACUAUAUUUUUCUGUUUUGAGAUGUUCCCCCCCCCCCUUGUAUAUUGCUUUUAAAGAUGCCUUUUUGUUUUGGUGAUAUGUGAAAAAGGGCCAAUAUUUGGUGCGGAGCUCUGUGUGAGCCUGGGUAAAAAUUCAGACUGUCCCUCGCCAAGCUUUCCUUUUUUAUUUUUAUUUUAUUAUUAUUAUUAUUAUUUUUGUUUGUUUGUUUGUUUUCUGACUAUUUCAAUUUGAAGUUCCUAAUAAAUUAUUCUAAAGCCA